AUGUACACUGCUGAUCGUUUCUAUGCUCCACUUUCAGUGCUUGCCCUUGUGAAGUCGGCACAACAACAGCAUGGAUUGCGACACGGUGACUAUCAACGAUAUCGUCAGUACGUUUCACGAAAGCUGAGACGGAUGCGAAAAUCCUUGCAUUUUCAACAGGGUACUCGGUCCAAAGUUACUCCCAAAAAAUUAACAUCGGAUAUUGUUACUGAUCCUCGGUUCAUCACUCUCCGAGUAUUCGAGAUCGAGCGUUCCUGGGCAUAUGCCAUGCAGUUGAAAGCGGAAUCGAAUACAGAAUUGCGCAAACGAUUCCAAAUGAUCUCUCGACUCCGAAAGGCUGUUUUACGUGGCAACCAACUAACAGAUUUGGCUGCUGAGUUGCCUAUGUUGGAUGCCAAGACUAAACUGGAAAUUCAGGCAUAUGUUCAGUGGGUCCGUGGAACCCUCUCUUUUGAGUUGCAGGAUUGGAUUAAAGCGAAAGAAUUCCUCGAAUCUAUGCAGGCUAUUUACACUUGCCUCAUUCAAACCAUCGAGGAGGAUGCACGAGCUAUCUACACUGCACGCGUCGCUGACAUUUUGCCCCAAAUCCACUAUUGUGCGUACAAUAUUGGCGACAAAUCCGCGGCAUCCGAUUUGCAAAGGAUGCGGGCUGAAGCGACUACGAAUUUCGGUGGCUUAGCAGAACUACAGCUAGACGAGUUACUGACCCAGGCUCGAGCCAGCCAAGCUGGUCAAGUGACGUCAGUGGAGUGGCUUGGCCGUUCCAUCCCCAUCAAAUCGGAGAAAGCGAAGAUGGCUGUUUUGGCUGUUAACUAUCUCUCAUUUUUGCUUCUCUGUGCAUUCCCCUCCUCAGAUCUUUCCACCGUCGUAGCACCCGAUCCGCCUGCAUUCCGCAGUCUCUUCAAUCUCCACGAUAUGUCCUAUGGGGAUGACGAGAGUUUCCGAGUUCAGCUCGUCGCCACUGUUUUGCGCAACCUAGCGGUCGACGGUGGACUGAGCGCCGUCUCGAUCAGUCGUGAUCCUCAAGCUCUCCGGUUUAUUUUCUUGUGUAUCUAUUUGAACCACUCAAGCUUGCGUCAACUCGGCCUCGAGACUCUGUCUUCCCUACACUUUCCCGUUGUCGGCACCUUGGUCUCAGUCUUGAAACAUUUGAUCUGCACUCUGAUGUGCAGUUCCGAUCGUAACGAUAGAAUACGAGUUCAUCCGAUUCGCUACUCGAUUGUUCCACCAACUCAUCCUAACGCAGGCAGUUUGAGUUCCACCCAUCCAACCACGAAGAAUGCGUCCCCCAUAAGCACAAUGCCAAGAGUGCUUCCGAAAUUAGCGGAAACUGCUUUGUCUGCCGCAUCAUUUCCGUCUCCUGUCAUUUGUGCCUCACCGAGUUCCUCUGCCAGCUCCUGCAAAAAACCCCGCUCUGAGCCGGUGAAACUUCCCACUGCUAUUGCUCCUGCAGGACCCACCAACUCCGCUACGAUGCAGAGUUUCUCUUCUUCGUCCCCCUUGGUAAAAUCCUCACGUCCUCUGCUGAGCGCAGACAGUAGGACGUCUCGACCAGUCUCCCUGGAACGGCCCUCUCCAUCUGACACCGCACUUAACGCCGAAGCAACGAAAUGCCCCUUGGCUCCAAGGUUAGACAUUAAUCUUCGACCGGCCUUGCCUCGUCCGGGCAAGCUUACUGGGGACUCUCCGGUGGUACAAGUUCCCGGCUCGGUGCGUCGAGCCUAUAUGUUUGAUUGGUUAAAGCGGAAUUACGCUGUGCACAAUCAUUCCAGUGUGCCCCGUGUGCAAAUCUACAACGACUACCAACACGCACACCAACGCCGCUUCGGGUCUAGCUGUGGCAAUGCUGUUUCUCCAGUCGACUUUCACUCGGAGAUUAAAUCCAUUUUUCCCGGAGUCGAGCAAGUGAAAGUGCAAACUACUCACGGGAAUGUGGAGAUACACUACAACAACCUACGAUGCAUCCAUUCGCCGCAGCCCAAUAGCGAGAAAGGUGUUAACGAUAUCAUGGCUGCUGUCCUUAGUCCUUCAAAGAAUGAAUUGCCUUCCGUACGCGCUCCCAAGGUCAAGCUCCCAAAACGCGCCAUUGGUCCUUUGCAUCCAGCUUCCACACCUGGCAGUCCUCUGGGCGCCACUGUGGCCGAAUCAGAGCCACCGAUUCCCCUGAAACUCGCUCGACUACUUCCUGCGCAUAUAGUCAACGGCCACUUGGAGUCAGCAACCGACACAAAUAACGGUCGCAAAUUACUUCCAGUGAAUGGUCUGCAUAAAGAGGUCAUUCAUAUUCUAAAUCACUCCACUUCGUUGGCUGGUGGGUUGCAGUCCAUAACCAAUGGUCCUCGACUUUCGUCCCCUGACACUUCCGGCGAUCCAAUCAAAUACAAAACCUCGUCAUCCCAUUGUCCCAGACUAAACGAACUUGUCUCUAGCGAAACCGGUAUCGUCCUUCUGCCUGUCUUCACAGCAUUUAAUCUUCAUGCCGCCACUAGCAUUGCAAACAGAAGCAGUCCAACACCGGAUUCCAAGGUGCUCACCGAGACAUGCAACUUAAUCGUAUCGUCACCGAGCCCCAUCUUACGCGAUUCAUACACUCCGGGAAGCUGCACUAUGGCUGUUGCUAACCAUUGCAGCCCUUCCUCCGUUCUUAACAGCGCCGAGUCGAUCAAAUGCGUCCCCGACAACAGCCAGUUGGAUCUAGGCUGCCCUAUCGACCCUGCACCUCGCCCCUCCUCGGCUGAGACUUCCUCUGACCUUCAGAUGGUCACAACACCCUCCCCCUCUUUUUUGAUUUGCCAGUGGAAUGCAUGUGGCAGAACAUUCCAACGGAUUGACGAUGUUAUAGCCCAUGUUAUGGACACCCAUAUAACGAAGUCAAACUCGGAAGAGGUCUCCUGCUCAUGGAUGGACUGCUCUGAGCUCCUAACGAAUUGUUCCGUUGACACUCUAGCAGUUCACAUUCUAACCAGACAUUUACCCCAAUCGGACGGAUCGUCUCAUCUCUGUUCUUCCAAUUCUAACCUUACUUGUGCCACUAGCACUGAGAGACGGCCUAGCUCUCUUUCAGAUCUAUUGCAAGCGGAUUGUAUACUAGCAGAUCCUAGCUGCGUUUCUACGUCUGCCAGCUCCCUACCGUCCACAGCUGACUCUCCUCUUGUGAAUGAACUGAGUGGGUCAUCGGAGCCUACCUUAGAGGACUCAAGUCAGUCACCCCUGCUUUCGGCUCCCCUAGACCCUACCCCCGUCGAUCCGGUUCUACCCGGAGGUGCGUACCCUCCUUCGACAACCUCCCCUGUAGGGGUUGCGCUCCCUUCCUCAUCGUCGUGUACUGUGAAAUUAUCCAGUGAGUGUCGAAGAGCACUGGCCAACAGUGCCCCUAAUCAUCCCUUUGUUUCGCCUCCAACACGCGAAGGUCCAGUCACCAAACACAUCCGUUUGACUGCCGCUUUGGUACUAAAGAACCUCGUCCGCUACAGCCCCACUGCUCGUCGGUAUGUGGCGAAGUGGGAGGAACUGAUUUGUGACUUGGCCUUUUCCGACCUGGAAUCAUCCCCCACACUUUUUGAGUGUCUCUCCUAUCUGGAUAAUGGCGGUGGCUUGCUCGACUCCUCGGAUCGCCACUUUUUCUCCCUCCCCAUGGUGCCCACGGUUGAUUUCACUCGAUGCACAUCAUCGUUCAGCAGCUGA